AUGAGGCAAAGGCUAGAUACCUUGCGAAGUGACCCUGUUUUCGAAGAAACGACUGAAAAUGCUAACGGAAAUCAGGUGGAUAUAAUGAAGCUGAUGAUGGAAUUCUUGCAAGGAAACCGACCAAGGGCCAAGACGGAGCAGGAAGAAUGCUCCAAUAUGUUCAAAAGGUUUUCUGCUCACAAGCCGCCUACUUAUGAUGGAAAACCUGACCCCACCGAGUUCGAGGAAUGGUUGAAUGGCAUGGAGAAACUCUUUGAUGCCACCCAGUGUCCAGACAAGUGGAAAGUUAACUUUGCUGUAUUCUACUUAAAAGGGCAAGCUGAUCUGUGGUGGAAGACUGCUAGAGAGAUGCAGAAUCAACCUGGAUUUGGAUGGGAAGGUUUAAAGGAGGCUAUGAGAAACCAGUUUUACCCUCAGUCUCUGCAACUCCAGAUGGAAUAUGAGUUUAUCCAUCUGAGGCAAAGGGGUAUGUCAGUUCUGGAAUAUGCUGUGAAAUUCAAUGAGUUAGCUCGAUUUGCUCCUGAUCUGGUGUCUACGGAUCGUCAAAGGAUGAAUCGAUUUGAAGGAGGUUUGAAUCUGGACCUUCAAGAAAGGCUUGCUGCAAACAUGAGUAAGUCCUAUCAAGAGCUAUAUGAUCGAGCUAUCAAUGUUGAAAGGAAAAUGAAGCUGCGAAAGGAUGUUUAUGAGAAUGGAAAAAGAAAAGGUAAAGGUCAAGAAGUUCCAAUAAGCAAUGUUUUCAAGAAGCAGAACACAGGGUUCUCAAGAAACAAUAAUGGUCAAAGGACAGUUGCUCAUUGCACCAGGUGCAACAGAUGGGGCCAUCUAGCCAGAGAAUGUCGAGCAGGAACCGAUCAGUGCUACUGGUGUGGAAGAAGAAACACUAAUAAUCGUGGGCCAGUGCAAAGGAACAAUUCUCAGAACUAUGGUUAUGGUAGGAAUGCAAGUAAUAAUGCCAACAAAAACCCUCCACGUGGACCUCCACAAGCCGGACGAGUGUUCAUGAUGCAGAAAGAAGAAGCUGAGGCUGAUGACACCGUUAUUACUGGUACUUUUCCUGUCAACUCUGUACCUGCUUAUGUCCUUUUUGAUUCUGGAGCUUCCCAUUCGUUUAUAUCUACUGCAUUUUCUAGAAGCUUGAAUGCAAAACCAUGCUCUGAAUUCUCUGCCAUGUCUGUCACCAUCCCUAAUGGUGAAUCCAUCUUAUGUGAUGUCAUGUAUAGAAAUUGUCCUAUUCUCAUAGGAGGAUGUGAAUUUCAAGUAGACCUCAUUCAAUUUGAAUUAACCGACUUUGAUGUGAUAUUGGGAAUGAAUUGGUUGUCGAAGUACAAAGCGGACAUAAAUUGCCUUAACCAUGAAAUAACCCUCAUGAAGCCAGAUGGGUGUAAGGUUUCUUAUCGAAGAAGAAAAUCCAACCCAAACCUGAAAUCAUCUCAUCCUUGA